UUCUAACACCAUGAAAGAGAGAAAGGGGCCUCCUAAUUUAGACCUUCCCAUAGCUAAAUGCUAGAGACAAAUGCUGGCUUCACCCUGUGCAGGAAUCCAUGAGCCAAGGCAGAGAUGGGGCAUCUCUUCAACAGGGACAUUUUUACACAGAAGCAUGUCUCUCUAGAUGGCUGUGGCCUGAGCAGACUCAUUCAGCAUGGCGGGUGCAUCAACACAAUGGCUGAGGAAGAGAUGGGGAAAUCCAUGAAGACCACCAGGAGCCAUUGAGAAGAACGGUCUUGUUAAAUAAGAAACACAGAGCCAGUGCAGAGAUGAAAGCCCAAGAGGUCAGAGCUAAGAGCCUUACCUUUCACUGCUGCUGCUAUCUUCUUCAGCAAGAGAGCUACUUCCUGUUUGUCCUUUUUAUUGACUUUCUCUUCUGCUUUCUCAUUGGUUGUAAACCCAACCACAUGACUUCCUCGUCACUGCCUGUCUGUACAGACCUCCAGGUCUUCAAUGGUUGGUAUUGAGAUUAAAGGCGUGUGUCUCCAUGCUGGCUGUAUCCUUGACCACACAGAGAUCUGCCUAGUUCUGCCUCCCAAGAGCUGGGUUUAAAUGUGUGCACCACUACCGCCCAGCUUCUGCUAUGGCUUGCUAUUAGCUCUGACCCCCAAGAAACUUUAUUAACAUACAAAUAAAAUCACAUUUCAGUACAAAUAAAAUAUCACCAUAAGCCAUUUAAUAUGGGACAGGUGCAUUCUGGGCAGGGAGAGCCCAGCAAUGAGGAUUCUUGUUCUGAAGCCAGUGGGUGUGUGCUCUUGUUUAUGACAAAUGAGUUUAGUAAUAGGAGAAUCAGAAUCCCUGGGCUCAGUAUAGAAGGGGGCAGUAACCAGAGUGGGCCUCAGAGAGGGAUGAGCAUGCUGGGAGACAGUUGCUGCACCUGGGAGGGGUCUAGGGGAUGAGGGGCAGGCUUUCUGCCAUGAGAAUAAUGACCCCUGAGCCAUCUCAGAUUCUGAAUCCUUUCCAGGUUUAUUCUGUGGGGAUCACAAAGUUGACUGGACCUGAAUGUCCCUCUUCACAGCCCAGCUGCUUGACCCUGUGGUUUAUGAUUAACAAACACCCAGCUUCCAGCCAAUGAGGUUUCUACCUAGUCAGUUACUCCAAUUGGGUAGGUCACAGAAAACCUUGAGUAUCUGUCACAAGCACAGCACUGAGGUUGAUCUAGACCCUCAGCUACAAGCAACUGAGGAGGACUUCAGGGCAAGGUUGGAGACUCUCUGCAUUUGUCUCGAGUAACAGGACCUUCUUGGGACCUCCAGGUCAGGUUUUCUCAAAUGUCUAAACGUUCAGAGUUAAGAGGCAGUGGCUUUGUUGAAACUUGUUCUUGGGAAUCCUGGAUUUGCAAUGUACAGACUCGAGAGAGACAGAGAUCAAAGGGUUUGGGGGUGAAGACGGGCUGCCACAGGGUACUGUCUCAAUGCUCCCAAGCAACUUUGAGAUCCAGUAAUGGGGCCAGGAGGGUAGAGAAGGGACCCACCAGUGCUUCUUGUUAGCCACUCUAUCAAGUCCUCACCAGACCCCUAAAAAGCAAGUGUUUUUUAUCCUGUUCUGCAAAUGAAGAAACAGGUCCAGAGAAAUUAAGUGACAUGCCCAAUGUCACACAUCUAGACAGGGAGAGAAAUUAACAUUCUAACUAGUGUGUCUGGCCUUAUGCUUUCUCCCUGUGAUUUCCUCUUAGGUGACAGCAUGCACACACACACACAUCGGGGGCUAGGGGGAUCCAGCCCCUCGAUAGUCCCCUCCCAGGGUCCGGGAAGAAUCUACAACCAGCUGAUAAUUAUCUUUGAAGAAAGGAAUCUAUGUACACGAAAUUCCUUAGUCCAUACACUUUAUUAUUCUGUCAGUUCUCUCUCUACAAGCUUAUACUCUGCUCUCAUUUUAAGCUCCUUUCUUGCCCAAUUUCUCUUUACAUUUGUCUGCUGUCCCCUCCCCUCUAGGUUCUAUCUUAAUUCUCUCAUCUUAGCUCUGCCUCUUCUAGGUUCUCAUCCAUCUAGUUCUUUCCCAUAUCAGCUCCUCUCCCGUCUCCUUCUCUCUCAUCUGGCUCUUCCUCAUCUUGUUCUUCCCCAUCUGGCUCUUCCUCAUCUUCCAUCUCGUUCCUCUAGUCCUCUCUUCUAGUCCUUCAAUCUAGUUCUUCCCCAUCUCAGUUUGUUCCUCUCAAGUUCUUACCCGUCUAGUUCUUCCGUUCUUUUCUCUUCUCCCUGCUGUUCUCCCCUUCAACAGAAAAUGCCUGCCUUUUCUUUCCCUGGGCACGUGGUUCCCUCAUCCUCAGGAAUGUUGUUUUAUCUCUCACCUUGAUAUGUAAAAAUCUCUUUUGUUCGCAAAGUGCUCUGGAGAACCACUAAGCCUCCUCAAGGCCAGGGGAUGAUCUGAGCUUCAUUAGCACCGGAAACAAAGCUAAUUGUCUCCUAAGCUCAGCAGGGCAGUUAGUAACUUAGUAGGUUCAGCAGGUCAGGAGAGCUGAACUGUUUACCAAUUAGUGUGAGCACGCAAGGAUUUCAUAGCAGAAGACAGCUGAAAUAUUAAAGGCUGGGUAACACCAAAUGUUCAUAAUAAAUGGCUUUGCCUUUUGACAGACCCUUGGCCGGUCAAAGUUCAGCUUUACUACACAGCUGACUCUCUAUGAUAUAUCCUUGCGGCACACAGACAGAGACACACACACACACUAAUGCAGGCUCUCCAUGGUUACUGGCAAGCUGGGAACUUGGUCAGGGACUUACAUGGUUUCCUCUCUCUUCUGCAGGAUUACAGAGAAGCAUACAGGCAGAGCUAGCUGUGCCCUUUGGCCUUUGAGGUUUGAGGCCCAGAAGUCUCCCAUGCCUCCUUAUCAUAUCCGCAAAUACCAGGAUAGCGACCACAAGAGCGUGGUGGAUUUGUUCUCCAGAGGCAUCAAGGAGCACAUCCCCACCACCUUCCGCUACAUGCUGAUGCUGCCCCGAAUCCUCCUGCUCUUACUUGGGGUCCCUCUUACCCUACUCUUGGUCUCAGGCUCCUGGAUUGUGGUUCUUCUCUCCAGCCUUAUUCUCUUUGCUUCCCUGUGGCUCCUUGCCAAACAUACUUGGGACAAGUAUUUAGUAGCGUGUUUGCACACAGACAUGGCUGACAUCACCACAACCUACUUGAGUUCUCAUGACUCCUGCUUCUGGGUGGCUGAGUCUAGGUGUCAGAUAGUGGGCAUGGUGGCUGCCCUGCCGGCUGCGGAUCCCUUCCUGCAGAAGAAACAACUACGGCUACGUCACCUCUCUGUGUCAUUGGAGCACCGAAGACAGGGGAUAGGGAAAGCUAUGGUCCGGAGGGUCCUCCAGUUUGCACAGGCCCGGGGCUUCACUGAAGUUGUCCUUUCCACCAGUAUGUUCCAGUAUGCAGCCCUGGCUCUCUACCAGGAUAUGGGCUUCCAGAAGACUGGCGAGAUCUACUUCACCAUUAUCUCCAGACUAAGGAAAUCUCCGAUAAUACAAUUAAAGUAUUGUCUCAAUUCUGCUCAGGAAGGGGGCCUGUGAUCUAUCUCCUGUGUGUGCGUCAGUCGGGAUCUGGUUGCUUCUGUAGUAGUAACAAACCCGGCUACUCCAGGAGUAAACCACUAACCCUCACAUUCAAGCACAGCUGAGUCAUGUGUUUGGGGGGAGGUUGGGGCAAUGGCCACUCUUUCCCAUACACGCUUUCCGAGGUGUCUUUUAUCUGACACUAUAGUAAUGUAUAAAAUGAAACACUAAAUAAUAAAAUUUUAUUUAGCUUCUGAAUCUUUGGAUCAUCUAUUGGAGCACCGAAGACAGGGGAUAGAGCAGGACAGCUCUCGGGGGUCUCCUGUUCCUUGCACUGUUGGGAAGAUGUUGCCUUUAACCUUCCUAGGUGGGCAGUGGGGUGUGUGAGACCAAAAUGAGCCAUCUUAGAAAUAAGACCAAAAUGCUUUCACCCAAAAACUAAGGCUUAAGAUUUCUCCUUCUAGGAAUAGGCCAAUAGUUACUGAAACAAGUCAGUACAGAUUCCAGAAACCAGGACGUGUAAAAGUACAGAGUCACGGUAGUCACGAGGUGAUGCCUGCCAGACUAUAGAAUGUUCCAACCCUGGUUUCCAGGGUAACUGACCAUAAAAGUGUCCCCACCUGAGGGCAGCCAAUGAGCAAUGGUGUCGGGUAACUGUUCCCUUAGAAGUAAGAUUAAGCCAUGAUUUCUAGAAAGCCCCUAGAAGCGAGCCAAUCAGAAUUGUACCCAUACCAGCACCCCUAAAUGAUGUAACCUUGUGAUUUUUCCCUUUAAAAACUGAGCUUGCGGACAGGCGAGCACUUCCUCCAGCCUCCACUGCGUUGGAUGUAUUGGGCAAAGUCCCUGCCUAGGCUUGUAUAUCCAGAAUUAAACCUUGCUUUUGCAUUCUGGCAUGCUCGUCUUUGGUGGUCUCUCUGGGGGUCACGAUCAGGCAGGGCACAACAGGGUGCACUGUCCCAGAGUGCAUCCUUAGGACUCAAUUGUUCAGUGAAUGCAAACCUGUUCAAGCUGCUCUUGAAUUCCACUUCCUGGUCAGACUUAAAUAUCUUUGCCAAUCCACUGAGCAAAAAAGGUCCUUUUAUUCUGCUUAUAGUAUGCAUUUGCCCAAAGCAGGGCAAUUUCCAUAUUUAAGGUUCAGAUGUUUGUUCUUCUGUGAAAUUGCUUGUGCCUGUUUUUAUUUAGUUCAUUUUCCUACAUUGCCAGUUUUGAAAGUUGACUCAUAUGAGCUCUUUGUAUGUUCUGCAUGUGAAUCUUUUGUUGGCUACCUGUGCUGCAAUUAUCUCUGCAACCCACCCCCACCCGUGUGUGUGUGUGUGUGUGUGUGUGUGUGUGUGUGUGUGUGUGUGUGUGUGUGCUUGAUGCCUUCCUGUGAGGUGACAGCAUUGCUGUGUCUGUUAUGGGGUGAUAGGACUGUCCUGUUUCUAGUCUGGCCAAGGUGCUCAGUCUCUAUGUUCUGGAAGACAGCACAAAUGCUCUAAAGCUCCUUCCACUAUUUCUCAGCUCUAACAACAUGAAAUCAAGUGGAGGCUUUGUUCAGUCUGGCUCCAUCUAUCUUAUGUUGGUUCUGGAUUUGGGGAGCAAAGGUGAGGAUGAAUAUUAUGAUAGAUUGGGCCAGGAACUGGAGGGGUAUGUACAUUUGACCAUGCCCACUUCGGAACUUGGCCACAGGUCCUCUGCAGAAGAGAAAUCUAGGAACCUAGCUGACCAAGUUCAGUCUAAGUACUGCACUGGAGGAAAUGGCCGAGGACAGAGAGAAUAGGCACCCUUGUGCAGAUUUCACCCUAGAGCCUGAGGAGAAAGCUUUCUGAAAGUUAGGGAAGGAACUCAGGCCUAGUGUUGCUCAGACUAAGAGAAUUGAGUGUACAUCUGUGUUCAUGUUCCUUAGAAAUGUAACCCCCUAACAAUAACAACAACAACAACAAAAACCCCAAACCACCACCACACACAACAACCAACCAAACAUCAAAACAUGACUGGGUCAGAUUUGGAAAAUGGCUUAUCUGGGGAGUGGUGGGGAUGGAGUUUCCUAAGAUAGGGAAGGGCCUCUUGUGGAGCUAAGAAGGGGCUGAGGCUGCAGAGUGCCCUCUAGAGGGCAAUACUAUUUUGUAAAGCCCUUUUCCCUGUGAGCUCCCUGUCUAGCCCAGCCUGCCAAGUGUCUUGUGAUCACCUGGGAGAUGACUAUAAGCAACAACUAUGUAGGCUGAAAUCACCUAGCUCCCAGCAAAGAUGCAGGCCACAUUAUGAUUCAGACUGGUCUAAUUUCAUAGCUGGACAGAACAAUCAUUUGAGACACAAAUAUACUUCAUGAAGUCAGACAUGGUUUGACAUGUCUGAAGUCCCAGCAUUUGGGAGGCUGGGGGCCUGAUUGUUGACUUUGAGGCCAGUCUGGGCUACUAGAUGAGCAACUCCACUUUACCAUCCCGGUUUCACAUUCAAAUUCUGUCCUCUUUGCCAUACCCUCACCCCAAACUGUAGGCCUGGGUGAUCACUGCAGGGCCAGGCUGCGCUAAGCUCCGGAAGGAACAGCAGAGGGCAAGCAGUUCUAGAGCAAAUCACAGUAAGUUAGAAGCAGCAGCGGUGUGCAGCCCUGGCCCGGGCUUCAGCAAAGUGAGAGGUAUGGGUCUUGAUAAGCCCCAUGGAGUACAGUCAGGGCAAGUGUUUGGGGGCAGAGAGAGCAGGGCAGUCUGAUCACCCUAGGAAUGAAGCCUGAGGUGGGGCCUCCUGCUUUUGCUAAGUACAUAGCACAGACAGAGCUAUGCACAGUAGGGAAGCCAUCUGGGCUCUGGGAGCAGAAGGGACUGUAGGCAGUACUGCCCACAAGGUGGAGGCUACAAAAGACCUCUGCACUCAGAGGCAAGGCGACCUCAGCUCUGAGAACUGUUCCCUAGUCCUGUUUCCAUGCACCUCCAGGUGCCAGAUCUGAAUGCUCUUGGAGAGCAUCCGAACCACCCAGUGCUGGGCCCAAGGAAUCAUUCAUUAUUUCUAUCCUGCCUAAGUCGCCUUGCAAACUCGGGUUUGGGACAACCAUUGCUUUCUAGUUCUGUUCUAAAUGGGAACCCACAAGCCAUGAAGCCACAGCAUUUUGGAGUGGAAAAGGGUUUAAGAGUUACUGAUGUUCUCAUUUGGCGGGUGGCCGAGCACCCUUCCCUGCAUCUUCUAUCUUUUUGGGUACAAGCACAAGUCUGGGCUCCGAGACGUGAUUGCUCACAGGACACUGGGGCAGGACCUCCAUUCCUGCCAUCUCAGGGCGUCAUUUGAGGUGGCUACUGGUCUGGCUGCCCCUCCCACUGCAGGGGUUGGGAGUGUCUGCUGAAUGUCCAGCACAUUUCGUCCCUAGCUUCAGGCUUUAGCUGUGUUUCCUGGUCAGAAGGGAAGAAAGCUUUCUGUAUCCUGCCCAGGCACUGGAUUAAGAGCAUUGUGGGAAUCAUUUAUCAACACUUUAUUCCAGAAGUUGUCCUGUGUUAUAAAACUGUUGCAUGUGAGAAGAUGUCUGGUCUGAGGCUUCAGUUCCACAGACGAAGGAGUGAGUGAAGGGAGCCUGUGAAAGGAGGCUGGGAGCCUUUCUGGGAGACUCGGGGGAUGUACAUUCCAGACAAGCCCAUGCUGAACAAAAGCAGACCUUACACACCGUGCUAUGGCUCAAAAAGAAGCCACAUUUCAUUCUCUGAGCUCAUGUCCCUCCACACAGCAGGGUAGACAAGUCCAGCUCCCCGUUCCUCUUCAGAUGGAGAAAAAAUGACCUUUUGCUGCUUGUUCACUAUGAGUCAAUCAGCAGUGACUUAUUUUCUACAAAUAUAAAAACAGAUAUAAAAAGGGACUCCCUCUUGGCUAGAACCCAGAGCUCCACCAUACGGCAUGGCCUGU